AUGCCAGGAGGGAAGAAGAAUACUGUAUAUAGAAGAAAGCGGAAAGGAAAGCCUUUUACUGGAGUGCAGAGAUACGCAAGGAAAGCGAAGAAAAUGCCGCGUGCGGAUAGAGAAGUCACAAACUCAGCAUCGAGUUCCUCGUGUGAUGAGGCUCUGUCAGAUGCCGAAAGUGCUUCCAUCAGUGCUUCGAGACUCAAAAUGAGACCAGAAGAUUCACCAGAUAGUUCAUCAAAGAUUUCUGAUGUAAAUGAUUUUCAGGGAGAGGGAUACAGACUUGUAGACCUCAAGAAAUUAUAUGCCACGUUGUCUGAAGCACAUGUGUGCGAGGAAGGUGAGAAAACAUAAGUGAACAUCUGUUUUACUUUUAACCUUUUCUUUACUGUUCAUGUCUCGUAGCAUAUGCUAGUAACAGUGUGCAGUUUCCAUUUUUUUUUUCUCUAAGAAUGUUUUUACUUCUCUUCAGUACUAUCUUUAUUGUUUUCAUUUAUUAAAAAUUACAGUUGUAACUGUCUGUUGUGUGGUAUGUGGUGAAUAAAUUUUGUGACUCAUAUACAUGUAUGAGAAUGCACAAAAUAACUUUAGUGUAUACUGUUAUUAUGUUCUAGGGAGUUUAACUCUGAAGGAGAAUUCUUCUGGGAGAAAUGGGCUAAUGGCAGACCUCUCUGUGGAGUGUAGCUCCUGCCUUGAAGCUACACCAUUGAAAACAUCAGAUACAAUAACAAAGAAAGGGCAAUCUUUUGACGUAAAUCGUCGUGCAGUCUAUCAUUCUCUGGAGACAGGAGGUGGCUAUGAAGGGCUAGUAACCUUUUGCAGCAUCAUGAACAUGCCAUGUCUAUCACUACCUGCUUAUUACAGACAAGUAGACACAAUACUUGAGGCUUUAGAAGCUGAAGCCAAAGAUGAAAUGACACAGGCAGGGAUAAGAGUUCGCGAGUACAUCCUGAAGGAAAGUGGAGAUGAAGUCAAUGAUGAUGUAGUCGAUGCAGCCGUUUCGUUUGAUGGUACAUGGGCGAAAAGGGGGUUUACCUCUCUGACUGGAGUUGUUUUUGUUAUAUCUGUAGACACUGGAGAGGUUCUUGACUAUCAUGUCCUUUCAAAAGAAUGCCGGAAAUGUACCAUGAAAAGGUCUCAGUGUCAAACUGACGAGGAGUUCGAAGCAUGGCAGAUUGAGCAUCUUGCUUCCAAUGAGUGUGACAUUAAUUUUAAUGGAAGCUCACCUGCAAUGGAAGCUGAGGGUGCCAUAGUUGUUUGGAGUAGAUCUGUGGAACUGCAUAAAAUAAGGUAUAAAUGGAUGGUUUCUGACGGAGACAGUAAGGCAUUCAAUACUGUGGAGAAUAUAUAUGGCGAUGACUGCAAGGUGGAAAAACUGGAUUGUGUUGGGCACGUGCAAAAACGCAUGGGCAAGCACCUACUUAAUCUUAAAGCAAGAACCAAAGGUAAACUUGCAGAUGGCAAACCCAUUGGAGGACGGGGCCGACUGACUGAGAGCCGCAUUAAACGCCUUCAGAAGUACUAUGGUCUAGCCAUUAGACAAAACACCCUAACUAAAGCAAACCUAACAGAAAGAGAGGUUGAUGUUGUUGUUUACACCAUGAAGAAAAAUAUCAUUGCCAUCCUCCAUCACAGUGUCCAGUCACAAGAUGCUGCUAAACAACAUCGCUUCUGCCCUGUUGGUGAGGAUUCCUGGUGUAAAUGGCAACAAGAUUGUGCUACUGGAACAAAUACUUAUGAAGCAGGUGACUGUUUGCCUGAAGUGUUCUUUGAACUGCUGAAGCCAACAUUCAUCACACUUAGUGAAACUAAGCUGCUUCAAAGGUGUGUGCGUGGCGCCACCCAAAAUCGCAAUGAAUGCAUCAACGGACUGGUGUGGGCACGCUGCCCAAAACACAAGCAUCAUGGUGCCAAGGUGAUUAGAUGUGCAGUUGCUUCUACUGUGUGCCAUUUUCAUAGUGGAGCUGCCAGCAGAGCAAGAAUAAUGCAGAGACUGGUAAUUCCAGCAGGGGAGUACACUCAGAAGGCCUCAGAAGAAAAGGACAAGAGGCGGUUGAGAAAAUCGGACCUUCAGACCUCUGCUAAAGAAAAAAGCGCCGGCAAGGAGAGCAAAUGA